AUGCAACUGGGUGUUCAAGUUGGCGGCAUGUCGCUACUAUUUCCGCACCGGCGGCGCAACAGUGGAGCAAAUAGAGCGAUGAACACCGGGUCGUCCUCUACGACGUGUUGCGCGGUGGAUUGGACCACGAGAGAAGCGGAGGUGGGGGCCCUGGGCCUCCUGAUCUAUCAGGCCGCUAAGGAAGGCAGCACGGAAGGCCUCAAGUUUGCACUCAGUCGCAGGGGAGCCAGGGACCACAUCGACUAUCGAGACUCCAACACUCAAUACACGCCACUGAUGGCUGCAGCAGCUAACGGCCACCUCCAUUGUGUCAAACUCUUGCUGUCUCAUUCGGCAGACAUCAACUUCUCCAUCCCAGGCCCGAAAUCUCGCUCGACCAAACAGACCGCAUUUUCCCUUGCCUACAAGCAUGGCCACAGUAAUGUGGUGGAGUAUUUACAGGCCUGCUUGGAUGAUCUGGCCGGUGGUAACCCCACAAGAGCUCAGAUCGAGUCAGAGGUUAUCUCAAUAGCUGAAAACCCUAAGUCUACUGCGGUGUGUGUGGAGGAGUUCCACAGCAAGCUCCGCUGGCUGAUGGACAAUUGUGGUUACACGCUGGACGCAGAGGACGAACAGCCUUCACUACUCAUCAGGGCAGCCAAGGCAGACAAUCAUCUCAUAGUCUACGACCUGGUGGAAGAAUUUAAUGCCCCCACAUUUUCCACCCACCCAGAAACGGCAGAAAAUGUCCUCCACUUUGCCUGCCACAACAUUUCUCCGCUACGUUUCUACUUCAUCAGCAGACACCGCGAGCUACUCUGCAUCCCAGAUCGUCAAGGCAACUCCCCACUCCACAUUGUCUGCAGUAACAACGACCUGGAGUUGGUACCUUGGCUCUUCCGUGGCGUUCUGGGUGGGGAGGAGAGAGCGGGGAGACUGGGGAGAUUGCCAGUUGGAAUCUCUCGAAAUUCUGGGAGCCUUCCCCGAAAUUCAGUCCCCAGUCCCAACCUUGGGAGUAGCUAUCAUGGGUUACUUGGGGCCCCAAGGAUAAGAGCUGAGACAGAUGCACCAAAUCCCCAGCCUUUGCCAACGGAAUCGUCGUCCAUUGGCAGGUCUUCCAGCCAGGUUCACGUGAGCGAGGCAUCACUGGAGGUACCUCCAACUGAAGCCACCAGAAGCAACAGCGAGAUUGGUGUAACUGAGAAAGACUUGAGCGACCAAAGUGAAGGUUUGAUUCAACUCCCUAAUGGAGAGCUGGAGAGCAGCAGUGGCAAUGAACCAGCACCAAGUCCACAGACUAGGGUAACGUUCACAAUUCCGGAAGAUUCCGAGCCCCCCGAAAUUCCACCUCCUUGCAGCCCACUCCCAGCAUCCUUCAUCUCAGACAUACGGCUGUUCCGAAAGAAUACUGCCGGAGAGAGCAUUCUCCACAUUCUGGCCUCCCGUGGACACUCGGAACUCCUGGAAACCAUCCUGAAGGUCGCCGAGCGAAUCAGGUACGCAAUGGCAAAGGACGAACUGGAAGUGGUGACGGAGAGAGAUGGAUUCACGGUGAGGACACCCAUCGAGGAAGGCCUCAUGGCCGGAAAUCUCGACUGCGUACGACUCCUCAUCGAAUUCGUGAGGAAAAUCAAUGCGAUGAAGAGGCUGUUUGAAGAUCAGGACCUCAUCAAGGUAGCCGUGCUUUUUGACAAAGAAGGUUCAGCGACAAACAUUGAGGCUCUCAAGAUGCUGAUAGGCUACGGGUUCAAAACGGGUCUCGGGAAGAGUAUAACGCUCGCCGAUCCCAAGGAGCAGCGCGAAAUCACUCGUCUCCUGCUCUUCUACCAGACACAGGUCGUGAACUCCCUGGAGUUUGCCACGGUACACCCGAACCAGACAGUGAGUCUCAAAGUCGGUCGCGUCAAGUGGGAGGGUUUCAACCUACGCCACAUCGAUGGGGAGUGGUUCCACGACGCCAACUGCGCCAUCGACUCUGUCUCAAGAAUCUUCCAUGACCCGGACCAUCGGGUCCACAGUCUCUUCCGGCAGUCACAGGCCUUCUUCUGCAAACUGGGUGCGAGCUGCCUCAGCUACUUCUCAAAUUUAGACACUCCGUCGUCCCUCGAGCGGUCGUAUAUUGUAGCGCUAGUGGAGAUAAACCUAACAGAGAAUCACCUGACGACUCUCCCACCAGAACUGUUUCAGCAACGCCACCUCCGUACCCUACUCCUGAGCCACAACGAGCUCUCCCAACUCCCAGAGUCCGGGGACCUCAACCGGUCAAUCUACGACUGUCACAGAUUGCGUACCAUCGACCUGGACUGGAACCAGCUUCAGACGCUGCCGGAAGAAUUCUGUCGUGGUGUCGGCAGGUCACUGGAGGAACUGAACCUUGUCCACAACAGACUCGUGGAUCUGCCCCCGGGACUUUGGAUGAUGAGGAGGCUCAGAAAACUCAAACUGAGCAGCAACCGCCUCACUCGUCUGCACAAGUUCAGCGAUCCUCAGUGUUUUACUGACCCUUCCCUCUCCCAGAGGGUUGUCACAAUGUUUGAAGCCAGCCCCGAGGGGGAGCUGAGGGUCACGCAUGGAGGGGGAGUGGCGAGAGACGAAGAAGCAAUCUACCACAUCAAUCGGUAUCUCCACGAUUUGAUGUCUUUUCUCAAGACCGUGCUCGUGUUGCUGGAGAAAGAUGACGCGAGUACUAAUCUUGCCAAAGUGGUCGUUGACAUCCACUGGCAGCGGUACAACUGUACAAAGAACCCAUCAUAUGAACCUCACCCACCACAAAUCAUAGACGCUCUCUUUGACUUCAUCGAGAACGAAGGGGGUCCCUCACUCAUCCAACGAGGGUUCACUUCUCUGGAGGAGCUUCAUUUGAACGAGAACUGUUUCAGAGAGCUUCCUUGGGACCUCCCCUGCCUUGUUCCAGAGCUUCGUAAGCUCUACAUCACUGAGAAUGAACUGAGUGAUAUGGACAUCGUCCAGGGCUCUCCUGCCGGUAUCGUGACUCUGUGCCUCAGCAAGAACCAGAUCGUGAACACCACAAAGAAACGAUCUGCAGCUCUUCCCUGCGGCUCUCUACUCUUCCUAGCGUCCACUCAGCCCGACAGGACAAGCUACAGAGACCACUGCACCCACUGUCAGCACUCGACUCUGGAAAGCCUCGCCAAACUAACCCUCGACUCCAACCGACUGGAAAAGUUUGAACUCAUCAACAUCUCCAGUGACGUGCACGAGCAGAGCACCGAGAGUGCGUUUGCGUCCAUCGACAUCAACCCUCUCUUCCCCUACCUCACCUUCCUCAACCUCGCCAACAACCACUUGACUCACGUUCCUCGCAGCGUGGAAAAGUAUUCCCACCUCUCGUACCUCAACCUGUCGCAGAACGUCGGGAUCAGGGAGCUGCCAGAGGAGAUGGGGAUGCUGAAUCCGCAGGUGUUUCUAACACUUGGCCUCGAGGGGCUGUUCAUCAAGAACAUGCCACACAGCAUCGUG